AUGGAUGAAGUUCAGAGGAACCACGUGAUUGGUCUUUGCGCUGCUAGCGAAGAGAAUAGGGAUGUGGUCGCGAACAGCGAGUUCGUUCUCUUUGAGGACUGCUACCCAAGCAAAGGUCCUGCGGCGGAAAACCCUUUUCUCAAUUCUUCGAACAGUACCCCGAACGGAAACUGGACCAAUAAACUCCUGUAUGGAAGGGUCAGCGCUCGUUAUGCAGAUUCUUACGAUGUGCAACCUAUGCAUACUUUCAACAGCCUUGGCCCCUCGGAGGUCGUGGCUGAAGACGAGCAGAAGAACUGGGUCGAAGUUCUAGAUUUGAACAAGCAUGGAUCAAAACUCGAACCAAACCGCCAUGAUGUGCUGUUCGCUAAGGGUGUCGGCGGAUGUCCUCAAAAACGCUCCUACCUGUGCAUCAUACCCAAGAACAUCCCUUAUCACAAUCCAAUGAUCCCAGUGGCAGGAGAGCUGCUUCCACGGAGCAGCGCAACGCUGGACAUCAUGCAGAACGUGGCACACACCGUACGUAUCGAGGAGAGACGUUCAAGAACCGCGGCUAUGCUUGCGAAGGCCGAGUGUGACAUGUCGGAAGAGGAUAUGAGGAGCAUCGAACGCAGAUUCAUGACUCACUACCGUGGCUCCGUACUCGAUGCCACGAAGUCAUCUAUAAAGUCAGCGAAAGUCUUGUCAGCCGAGCCACAUCAUUCUAUUCAGGCUCUCGAAGGAAGAUCGUUGAUCCCCACCCGAUCGGAUGAACAGACCAUCAUUGCGGAAAACGCACAUGAGCCUUCUCUGCCUCAAUACCGUGCGACACUGUCUGCUCCUCCAGUCCCUGACGCAGUUGCUUCUCAUCGUGCUUCGCGUCCAGCGGAAGUGAGACCAACCAACGACAGGCCUUACGGAAAAGCGCAUCAUGGCCCGAGUGGAGGUAGACCUCACACCCGCGGCCCGCACAGGGCAUCUAGAUCUACGGACACUGGUUUUGCGAGCGACAUGAAUCAUCUGGGUCUCAGAACCACACAGGAAUCGUUGCAGAGCCUGACUAGCUCCCAAACCCCAGGAAUGUACCCUGCGCGCCAAGCGCGCAACAGCAGGCCGGACAAUGGAGUGCAAGCAGGAAAGAAGCGUAAGCGUCGGUAA